AUGACUAUGAUGUAUACUCUCCGGCUCUCGGCCCUGGCAGCCGCAUUAUUGCCCGGUCUUUCGGUGAUAGCUGCUCCUACACGCCAACCCCAGCCGGGGGACUCCUCGAUCACCGGCAUCUUCGGCACUAGUUUUGGUAUCCCUGGCCAAGACUAUGAGUUUGAUUAUGUCGUGGUCGGCGGUGGUCAGGCUGGUCUCGCAACGGCAGCUCGUCUCGCUGAAGACAGUUCCCUAAGCAUAGGCGUGAUCGAAGCCGGCGGCUUCUACGAGCUUACCAACGGUAACCUCAGUGAAAUCCCCUCAGCAGCGAGUUGGUUUUCGGGCAAAGCCACUGAUGACUGGCAACCUAAUAUUGACUGGGGUUUCAUCACGGAACCACAGCAAGCCCUCAAUAACAUCACCGCUCACUAUCCUAGAGGCCGAACACUAGGUGGGUGCUCUGCCCGCAAUUUCAUGGCCUAUCACCUCGCCACGAAGGGAUCCUACGACCAACUGGCCAAGGAGGCCGACUCGCCGGCCUAUUCAUUUGACAAGUUUUUCCCGUACUUUACCAAAAGUCAAAAGUUCACGCCUCCUGUAGGUGGCACCUAUGACCGCUUCGCCAACUCAACGCCUCAGUAUGAUCCAUCCAAGCUCGGUACUAAGGGGCCCGUGUCAGUCAUCUUCCCUAAAUACGCACAACCAUUCAGUACCUGGGCACGCAAGGGAUUGGAAGCCAUCGGCCUCAAGCCACAGCGCGGCUUCGAGAGCGGCAACCUUUCAGGCGGUUACUCCUACGCGCUCGCCACAAUCCGGCGUGAGGAGAACAUACGCGAGUCUUCAGAGACAGCCUUCCUACGUCCCCAUCUUGGCGGACAUAACCCCAACCUUAUCACGUUUAUAUCGACACUAGCUAAGCGAGUGGUGUUCGACGGACAGAAGCGUGCCACUGGCGUGUUAGUUGAUACGCUAGGUCUUCAAUAUACCAUCCGUGCUCGCAAGGAAGUUAUCAUCUCGGCGGGAGCCUUCCAGAGUCCACAGCUACUAAUGGUGUCGGGUAUCGGGCCCAAGGAUACACUGGAGAAGCAUGGUAUCGAGGUCCUUCAGGAUAGCCCCGGAGUUGGACAGAACAUGAGAGAUCACGUCCUUAUUGGCACUUCAUACAGGGUAAAUAUCCGCACUGCUUCCGCCUUUGGGGACCCAGAGCAAGCAGCCCUAUUCCAGAAACAAUAUGCACGGGGUAACGGCCCCAUGACAAACAACGGUGUCGACCUUCUUGGUUGGGAACGUCUCCCCCGUAACCUCCUCAGCAACGCCACCGCUUCGGCAUUAGACUCCUCUUUUUCGUCUGACUGGCCGGAGCUCGAAUAUCUCCCCGGCGGCUCCUUCUUCGGUAAUUCGAGCAAUCUUCAACUGGUCGCGCCCAAUGAUGGAUUCCAGUACGCGACAGUAAUUGCCGGCUUAGUGGCCACGUUGUCGAGGGGUAACGUAACCAUUCGGUCCAACGACACGGCUGACUUACCUAUUAUCAAUCCCAACUGGCUCAGCCACCCGGCCGAUAAAGAGGUAGCCAUCGCCGGAUUUAAGCGCACGCGUCAGAUAUGGACGGCGCCGGCUAUGCGCCCCGUGCUGGUGGGUGAGGAAUACUACCCUGGCAAGAACGUCACGACCGACGAGGAAAUCUGGCACUACAUCCAGGAGAACUUUUCCACAAUCUUCCACGCCGCUUGUACCUGUAAGAUGGGACCAGCAAGCGAUAAGAUGUCCGUGCUCGACGCCAAUGCCAAGGUCCGUGGUGUCACCGGCCUUCGCGUUGUAGAUGCUUCAAGUUUGCCGAUCUUACCUCCAGGUCAUCCCAUGUCUACCAUCUAUGCCCUCGCCGAGAAGAUUGUUGACGACAUCCGUCACGGCAACUGAACAUCGCAUAUUGUGCUUAUCUUAGUAAUUUAGACAUAGAUAUAAACCUAAAUUUUGUUAUAAUAGGGGCAGGCCUCGGAUGCUGGAUUAUAUAUAGGAAAUUCGGGAAGGCAUCAUUUUGGAUAUCUCAGUUAGACUUCUCGAUUCAAGCUUGACUAGUCUCACGAUGUUACAGCUUGGAGCUACAUGUACUUUAAUGUACUUU